AUGGUAAGCACUAUUGCUGUUUUUAGCAUGGAAAUGGCCAGAAAAAUUUUGUAAAUUCCAAGGAUUGCUUAUUGUCCCAACAUUCCUAAUAACUACUCUGAAUUUAUAGCAAAUUUCUUCUCCAUUAUAAAUAUUAGCUCUAUAUCUUUGAUAGUUACAUCUUGCGGGAUAAUACUUUUCUAUGGACUUUAUAUUCAUUAUGCUGAUUUUUUUACAAUUGCAUCAAUAUUGACUGUUACUUGCCUUCUCAUAUAUGCUUGCUAUUUUUAUGAGAAGAGGCUUAAGUUAUUAUUUAUCUAAUUGCAUCACAUUAAAAAGAUGAAUGAGGACUUAAAGAAGUUAUUAGAUAAGCUACCAGAAGGAAUACUGCUGUUCAAUCCAGAAACAAACUCUGUUUCUUUAGCAAAUGAAGAAUACAGGCGUAUUUUUAACAUUGUUAAUCAUGAUAGUGCUUAAACUAAUGACUAAUAACAGUAUUUCAAAGAUUGCAUUGAGAAUUAAUUGCUGAAGAAAUAUAAAUUUUAAAAGGAUCAAAAUCCUUUAAUCACUGGAGAAUAGAAUUAAUUGAAUUAAAAUUGCGUAGGAAUACUUGAAGCACUUUCAAGUGAUUUAGAUAAAGAUGAAUGUUAUUAAGUAGCUCAUUAAAUCUUAGAUGAGAAUUUUCUCUCUAAUCAUUCAGGUAACCUUGCUACCUAAGGAGAAAUAGUGAGUUUAUCAUAGUGUUAAAUUUUGUUCUAAAAUGUUUCUCAUUGCAUGAUAAUGGUAAAAAAUUUAACUCCAGUCAUCAAAUAUGAAAAACUAAAAAUAGAGAAUCACUUCUAUGAAAUGUUAACGGCUACUGUAUCACAUGAUAUGAGAACACCAUUGAACAUUAUGAGUGGAUUGCUUGGUACUCUUGAUAACUAUAUUCAUGAUGACUAAGGCAAAAGAUUUCUUAACAUCAUUAGGAACUCAUCAAAAUUUAUGUGUUUCCUAGUCAAUGACUUGCUAGAUUUCUUCCAGAUAAAGAACGGCAAGUUCAAAAAGAAUCUUUAAUGGUGUUGGAGCUAAUGA